UUAUGUGACUAGGCAUUCCAAGCUCGCGUGUAAGCGAUCUCUGCUGUUCUUCCUAAAUCAUACUCAACAAAGGCUCCUUUAGAGAAGCUACAAGUUUGCCAAUACGAAAAGAUAGUAGGCUCCCGUUCUUUUGAACCCAAAGCUGAAGCAAAAGGCACGGUAGAAGAAAGACGUCUUGCUCUCGAUUGGUAAAAUUGUCUGGCUAAAUGGAGCUACAGAUCAAGGGUUGCCUCUUGUUUUUGGUUGCUUUUAUUUUCGUUGUGAAUGCUGAAUAUCAAGAAUAUUCUAACGACCUUUGUCAUCAGUCAAUUUGCCCACGAGGACGGGAAUGUAUCAUAGGCGAGGACGGUAACUCCACAUCGUGCGAGUGUUCAGCGGUAUGCUCCAGUGAGCAUGCGCCAGUAUGCAGCGUGUUUUACACGGAUCACGCGAGCGAAUGUGAGAUGCACAAACAAGCGUGCGACUUUGGAUUUUUUACCGCGGUGAAACACAAGGGCAAAUGCACGAAAAAAGGAAGCAAUAUCAUUGGGCGUCAGUGUCCUGUAGAGAGGCUGUUGGAUUUCCACUCUCGUUAUUUAGAGUGGCUUUUGGUAGCGUACAAAGAAAGCAAACAUGCAGUGAUGGAUAGCCGAGUAGCCUUGGAAGGCAUAUUGGAUGAGGAGAUCAAGCGGAUCAUUAUGUGGGAGUUUGACAACCAAGACGCUAACCGCAACGAUCAGCUCGAUGAACACGAGGUGAAGUCGAUGAUUGAUCUGAGAGAGCCGUGUAUGGUGGGCUUCAUGGAUGCGUGCGACUUUGAUGGUCAUCCUGGUAUAACGAGGCACGAAUGGAAUGCCUGCUUCCCAACCAGACUAGAAGGACAAAAGGAAGGAAUGGUGGUUUGAAGUCAAAAAGCUUUAAUAAUAAAAUACAUUAGCAGAUAAGAGCCAUUUAACGUAAUAAAAUUUGAUCCUGCAAGGAAAAA